UGAUCAGAGUGAUGCAGAGUCGCGGUCCCGGGGCGCCCCCGUGUGGUUGGAGUGAGGUAGUACACUUUGAGAAAAGUAUUGAACAUGUUUACGAAAGCCACUGCAAGUGCACUCGUUCACUAAGAGGCUCCAUAUCAUCACAUGUAGUUGCUGACGGAACGUAAAGUUAAGUUUUCUGUUCAGCUCUACUUGUUAGCUUCUCUUGACCCCAGCCGUCAGCAGCGGGCGGUCUCGCUCUCUGACUCAUAUCGGGUUCAGUCGGGAUCAACGACACCGGAUCACCAUGGCGGCUCAGACCCGAGCCCUCGUCACGGGGAAAUGGCUCGCAGACGCCCUGAAGAACCGCCUGGUGGGCCCCAAGCUGCGGGUCCUGGACAGCUCCUGGUACCUGGCCAAGGUGCGGCGGAACCCCCGGGCGGAGUUCCAACAGUCGCACAUCCCCGGCGCCUCGUUCUUCGACGUUGACGAGUGCUCCGAUAAGACCUCCGCCUUCGACCACAUGGUUCCGAGUCCGGCCGAGUUCGCGGAGUACGUCGGUCACCUGGGCAUCGCGAACGACACGCACGUGGUGGUGUACGACACGAGCCCCCUUGGGUCGUUCAGCGCGCCGCGCGUGUGGUGGAUGUUCCGCCUGUUCGGGCACCCCGCCGUGUCGGUGCUGGACGGUGGGAUGAAGAACUGGCUGGCUGAGGGUCACCCCCUGACCUCUGUCCCCUCUGAACCCGAGCGCGCGGAGUUCAAGGCAAGUGUAGACCGGUCCUUGGUCAAGACGUAUGAAGACGUGUUGGAAAACAUCCGAACCAAACGGGUCCAGGUGGUCGAUGCCCGGUCGGCGGGUCGGUUCAAGGGCAUCGAACCCGAGCCCAGAGAUGACACCCGUCCGGGCCACUUCCCGGGGGCCGUCAACAUGCCCUUCACCUCGGUCCUGGGGCCCUCGGGGGAGGUGCGGGGGCCCCAGGACCUGGCCCAGCUGUUCCGGGAGGCGGGGGUGGACCUAGCCGCGCCCCUCUGGGUGUCCUGCGGCUCCGGGGUCACGGCCUGCCACGUGGCGCUGGCGGCCGCCCUGCUGGGGCACCCGGGGGCCUGCGUCUACGACGGCUCCUGGUCCGAGUGGUUCAAGAGGGCCCCCCCGGAGCUGGUCCUCUCUGAGGGCCCGUAGAGAACUGAGGACCACCUGACACCUCCAGCCCUGAGGACCACCUGACACCUCCCAGAGGACCACCUGACACCUCCAGCCCUGAGGACCACCUGACACCUCCCAGAGGACCACCUGACACCUCCCAGAGGACCACCUGACACCUCCCAGAGGACCACCUGACACCUCCCAGAGGACCACCUGACACCUCCCAGAGGACCACCUGACACCUCCCAGAGGACCACCUGACACCUCCAGCCCUGAGGACCACCUGACACCUCCCAGAGGACCACCUGACACCUCCCAGAGGACCACCUGACACCUCCCAGAGGACCACCUGACACCUCCCAGAGGACCACCUGACACCUCCCAGAGGACCACCUGACACCUCCAGCCCUGAGGACCACCUGACACCUCCAGCCCUGAGGACCACCUGACACCUCCCAGAGGACCACCUGACACCUCCAGCCCUGAGGACCACCUGACACCUCCCAGAGGACCACCUGACACCUCCAGCCCUGAGGACCACCUAACGGCUCCAAGAGGACCUUCUCCAGGGCUGGAGGGUGGAGGACCUUCUCCAGGGCUGGAGGACCUUCUCCAGGGCGGAUGUUGUCCAGCAUGGGGCCUUCAGAAGUCUCAUGUGUUGCUGAAUGGUUGAGGAUCCCUGAUGGGUCUGAUGGGUCUGAUGGGUCUGAUGGGUCUGUUGGGUCUGUUGGGUCUGAUGGGUCUGAUGGGUCUGAUGGGUCUGUUGGGUCUGAUGGGUCUGAUGGGUCUGAUGGGUCUGAUGGGUCUGUUGGGUCUGAUGGGUCUGAUGGGUCUGAUGGGUCUGUUGGGUCUGUUGGGUCUGAUGGGUCUGAUGGGUCUGAUGGGUCUGUUGGGUCUGAUGGGUCUGAUGGGUCUGAUGGGUCUGAUGGGUCUGAUGGGUCUGUUGGGUCUGAUGGGUCUGAUGGGUCUGUUGGGUCUGAUGGGUCUGAUGGGUCUGAUGGGUCUGAUGGGUCUGAUGGGUCUGUUGGGUCUGAUGGGUCUGAUGGGUCUGAUGGGUCUGUUGGGUCUGAUGGGUCUGUUGGGUCUGUUGGGUCUGAUGGGUCUGAUGGGUCUGUUGGGUCUGAUGGGUCUGAUGGGUCUGAUGGGUCUGAUGGGUCUGUUGGGUCUGAUGGGUCUGAUGGGUCUGAUGGGUCUGAUGGGUCUGUUGGGUCUGAUGGGUCUGUUGGGUCUGUUGGGUCUGUUGGGUCUGAUGGGCUGUACAGAUUGAAGUAUAGGCCUGCAUUUUAUUUACAAAUACAGAAAAUAACAUUGAACAGAUUUGGGCUAUAAUAUAACGUUGUGUACCUAUGUUGAUACAUAUGCCUCAACAAUAACACCAGUUUAAAUCAAAGUGCCUUGGCAUUCAAA